AUGUCAGUCUCACGAGUACCUCGGUGUCUCAACCUGCCUCUCCAAUCCGCCAUACAAGCAACUACAUUUCACUCAAGAUCAUCUGUGCGAAAUUAUUCCAUUUCCAAGGAGUGGAAAGGAACCGAGAAGCACACGACUGAGCGAUCUAAGAAUGGGGAUACCGCAGACAUACAUGCAAGCUCGUCGGCAUCUAGUAUGAAAGAAAGGGAAACGCAUGGGGGUGUUGCAGAUGCAACACGGUCCCAAGCAACGACGGAGACAGGCGGCACCAAACAUGGCAAGAAAGCUAAACAGGAGCAUCCGAACGCACCAGAGCCUAUUAUUGGGAUGAAUGACGAGCGCUCAAAGAAAGGUGAUUGA